CGCUGUGUCGAGUAACGCAAGAAGCCGUUCUAGAAUAUUUUUAAAAUGUUAAUUGUGAUGAAAUCGCGAUGCGGACUGUGUUAGUUUUCGUUUUGUAUUUUGUUUGUGCGUGUUAUAGCUACGACAUGUUUGUGGGUGACACGGUACACAAAAAAAUGGUGUUCCACCAGCGUGUUAAAGACUUUGCCAUACCUUUCAAGAAACGGAUAAAAACCUUGACGUAUACGGACCCAGAGAAAAGAAUUAUUAAGGGUGUAGCGGCGAUAGACAACGACUUCUCCCACGCAAGCGCAAACAUCACGGACGGUGGAGUCGGACACUCUCACGUCACAGUCCGGAUGAAGAGCCAGCGGCAUCACCCCUUGAACUUCGAAGUCGAAAUAUAUGUAUGACACGCAUAUUAACACCUUAAGUCUCUCCGUCUCGUGUCUAUCAUGAACCCAUGAAGCUUCGGAUAUGGUCGCAAUAAACGCAGGUGUCAUUUAGGGCUGUCGUGACGAACUAUCGAGCGACGUGACGUUAAAUGCAAGACGAUAGCUGACUGGCAGUUUUUCGACACACAACAAAGAGAUUUUGGAGGACGAUAAAUGUCUGUGUGCAGGUGAAAAUUUGGACGCUAAUUUUAGCGCAAUAAGUAGUCAAAGCUGCGUCGCGCAAGUCUGGGAGAG